AUGUGUAUUCAAAAUGGGUAGAGCAGAUUGCGCAGGUUACCUCUAAAAUACUAACGUUGUACAGAGUAUAUCGACUUAACAUUUUUCUAAAAAACAGAGAUGCAAUAUCAUUAAAUUGAAAACAUGUGCGUUCCAACAAAGUUUGAGAGAUUCGCCACUCCACAGCUUUUUUAUAAAUUAGUUUCUACAACUGUCACCUAAACAUGAAUUCAGGCGACGGUGGGCUACCACAUGUACCCAAAUUGUAAUCUAUUAGGAACAGUUUGUUAUUCGUAGCAAACCACACCCAGGUUUAUCAAAUUGUAUAUGUGCAAAAGUUUCAUAUUUUUUUAUAUUACAGUUGUUAGAAGGAUUUAGUAUAUACAUACGUACAUCCACUAUUAUUCAAGGUUAAAAAUUUUAACUACUCUGUUAUGAUUGGGAAACACGAAGUCUUACAACGUGAACUGGUAGCAAUGAAUGUAAAGCCUUAAGCAGACUUGUCAUAAAAAGGAUACCAAAGCUAAUACACAUAAACAACUAGAGUAUACCUAUCAUAAGCUAAAGUAUUGCAAAAGAAGAGGAAAUUACAUUAGUAUCAGAUUCCAUGAAUGCAUACGAAGAAUGUUCAAGUGUCGCUAAGUAUUUUCAAUAGCCAAUGUUAUAUACGAUUUAUUGUGAUCCUUCAAAAUUAAGUAUAUUAAAAUAAUACAUUAACUAUAUUUAUAUGUGAUACAUUAAGAAUAUCCAGUAAGCAUACCCAUAUUUGUAAAUGUUUUGUUCAAAAUAAUGGUACCUAACACCGAAGGGUACAUACAAAGUACUGAAUAAAGUACCGGUCUUAUAAAAACAAAAACUACCGCAUGCAACAUGAUUUAUACAUGUGUUCUUUGCUUUAAAAUAAAAACGACAGGCAAAUAUCUCAUGCACGCAAUAAGUAUAUAUCUUAGGAACCAGUUAUAUUAAUUAGGAGAAGGCAAAUAGUGUCCUUCGAUAUAGUACUAUUAACGACAAACUACCGUCACAUGUUAUAUCCUUGAAAUUUAAACAAUUGGUUAUUCAUAAGCAUAACUUUUGCUCAUCUGACUACGUUUUUAGUUACGAGAAGAGAGUAGCAAAACAAUUGUGGCGUGUCUGAUUGCCUGCUGUUCAUUUUAAGAGUAUUUGUCAAAAGCACUGAGCUAAGGCUAAGCAUCGAGAGAGGAAGGCACGCGUAAAACAUAUGUAUCUGAUUCGAUAGCUUGGACGUUGCCCAAUAAUCAGUUUUGAUUUUAGUUUUCAAUUGAAUCUCGUUGGCAGUGGAAUUAAUACGCUCUGUUUGCCUUCAUUCUAGUAAGAAAAUUCAAUAACAUGAUUUUUCGCAAAUAAUUUGUACAUAUAGUACAUACAUAUACAUAAAAACGGCAUUAAAGCAUUGCGGCGGACACAAUAUGGAAGACCCCAAUCGUAUGAUGGCUCAUACGGGCGGUAUGAUGGCUCCGCAAGGAUAUGGUAUGCCAGGUCAGGAUGAUGGACAAAAUACUGGAAACGAAAAUGAAGUGCGUAAACAGAAAGAUAUCGGUGAAAUUUUGCAGCAGAUCAUKAGCAUUUCGGAGCAAUCAUUAGACGAGGCGCAAGCAAGAAAACACACUUUAAACUGUCAUCGUAUGAAGCCGGCUUUGUUUUCGGUGCUUUGUGAGAUUAAGGAGAAAACCGUCCUUUCCAUUCGUAAUACGCAAGAGGAAGAACCACCAGAUCCACAGUUAAUGCGUCUGGAUAAUAUGCUUAUCGCAGAAGGUGUUGCAGGACCAGAAAAAGGUGGUGGCGGUGCAGCUGCCGCUUCAGCAGCAGCAGCAAGUCAAGGAUCUUCCUUGUCGAUCGAUGGAGCUGACAACGCAAUUGAGCAUUCAGAUUAUCGAGCAAAGCUUGCACAGAUUCGUCAGAUAUAUCACCAAGAGCUAGAGAAGUAUGAACAGGCGUGCAAUGAAUUCACCACACAUGUUAUGAACUUACUUCGAGAACAAAGUAGGACCAGGCCAAUUACACCUAAGGAAAUUGAACGCAUGGUCCAAAUAAUUCACAAAAAAUUCAGCUCAAUACAAAUGCAGUUGAAGCAAUCGACGUGUGAAGCUGUAAUGAUAUUACGAUCUCGAUUUCUGGACGCUAGACGUAAGCGUCGCAAUUUUAGUAAGCAAGCUUCCGAAAUUCUCAAUGAGUAUUUCUAUAGUCACUUGAGCAACCCAUAUCCAUCUGAGGAAGCAAAAGAGGAGUUGGCGAGAAAGUGUGGAAUAACAGUUUCCCAAGUUUCUAAUUGGUUCGGUAACAAACGCAUUCGAUACAAAAAGAACAUAGGUAAGGCACAGGAAGAGGCCAAUUUAUAUGCUGCUAAGAAGGCAGCUGGUGCUUCGCCAUAUUCAAUGGCUGGCCCACCGAGUGGCACCACUACACCUAUGAUGUCGCCAGCACCUCCACAGGAUUCUAUGGGCUACCCCAUGGGCUCAGGCGGGUACGAUCAGCAGCAAUACGAUAACAGUAUGGGCGGUUACGACCAUACUCUACAUCAAGACCUUAGCCCUUGAGGCGGUUUAACAUACCACACUUCACAUGUAUACGAGCAAAAGUGAACAUAAAAAAUCACUUGUGAAAUAUAUUAAGAUACAUAUUUUUAUUAUUAAGUUAAAAACUUGAUAUUCUUUGUCAAUAUCUUAAUAUUAUAAUGUUAAUUUCAGACCAAGUAUUCAAUAUUUUUACAAUUCCUACAAAUCAUAUAAAAUUACUGAUACCUUAACUUUUUGAUUCCAAUAUACUUAUUUCUGUUGUCCUAAUCAAUAACACACCCAGUUCAUUUACCUAGGAGAUCUUUUGUUAUAAGCUUAAAAAGCAUAAAAACUUCACUUUAUAUGUUCGUUUUUGCUCCGCAGUGUGUAUACGCAAUUAACAAUAAUGUAUACGUAAUAUUGCAUACGAUAAUAUGUAGGCAUCUAUAUAUAUAUAAUUUGAAUUAAGCGUAACAAUCUUUUAUUGAAAUGAAAAUCCGUAUACGAAACUUUAGAUAUAAAUAUUAACAUACAUCAUAGUAAUAAAAAUAUAAAAAACAUGUGCAAAUUCAGAAGCAGCUAUCAAAAUCUACAAUUUUAAUUGUAUGGUAACAGCUAAAACAGCUAAUUAUAGAGUGCAAGUUCGAUGAUGUUUGUAGGUAUGCAUAUAAUAUUAAUACUUUGCCAAGCCCAAGUUUACGAUACUUAUAUUUUUUUAGCACAACCUUUUAAAUGACGAUACAUCUCAAAAAAGGUAGAUAAAAAAAAGUUAUACAAGCUAAAGCAAAAAUCUCAAUAUGAGCACAUUUACUUAUCUAUUACCUAUGUACGUAACUAUUGUACUUUUGGCCAACAUUCUUCAAGUAUUUAAUAGAAAGUAUUGUAACAAGUUCUCUAAUAUAACUAUAAAAAGCAUUACCUUCAAUUUAUAAUGUGUAAUUAUUUUAAAUUAAUAAAGUAUAUAAAAAUGUGGCAAACAA